AUGGCGAGGAACGGCAAAAGCUGGCUGCUUUUCUCCGCGCCUAAUUUCUGGGUUAGAGCCAACAUUAAAUGGAACAGGGAUCUCAUCUUUAUUUCUACCUUCCCUCCUGCAAGGCUUACUCACCUAGAUGCAUUUGAAGAGAGCGCGCAUCUCCCAGCCGAAGUCAGUCAGAGCAAGGAGAAGACAAGUGUGCAUGAAGAGCAAGAGCGCACCGUGGACUUUAGCAAAGCCAAGCAGCAGCAUUGCGACGACAAACCCCAGCAGCGCGGUUAA